UUAUAAUGUCAAUCAACAGCCACUGUUUGGCGUUAAACAAUUGAUGAUUGACGAGUGUGAUGCGUUUGAAAAAAAAAGUCAUAUGAAAUUUUCGUUUGAGUAAAGUAACGAGACUUUGGAUAAUUCAUUCAUAAAUAUAAUAUUGCACGGGAUAUAACUUAACAAUUUCGUUUGCAGCGUUGCAGAAAUUUAAAUCAGUUUUACUGAAAGAGAAAAAGAAAAAGACUCAAACUGAAAAAUUGACGUCAGAGCGUCGUAGAUCGACAUCAGAAGGCGACAUGUCAGUAAACGGUCAAGCUUGGCAACGUGCACGUCGAGUUACGUUCGCGGACAUUGCUGAGCUUCAUACCAAGUUCGGAAUACAACUACCAGUGGAGGAACGGGACACACCGGAACGCAAAGAGGAAAACAGAAAACCGUUGACUAACAUCAGCUACAUCAACCGUAAUUGUGCGAAGCUAAUCAAAUCUCUGGAAACCAUUCAUGAUGAUGACGAUGAAAGUGUCGAGAACGGCGCCGCCAACGGUAACGGGAACGUCGUCGUCUGCGAUUGCAUGGGCACCGUGAAGCGCUACGUAAACGCUUGCGAACCACUACACGUGACUUUCGGCAAAAAGGGGUCAAACGUCGGGGAGUUCCAAGACGCCACGUGCAUCACGUACAUUUCUGGUGGCAACAUGCUAGUAACGGACAUGAUCAAUGCUAGAAUUCAAAACUGCACGCGGGAUGGCGAUACGUCUGCUGUGUACAGUUGCGAAGAAAUCUGCGAGCCAUGGGCAACCUGCUUGACGUCGGUCAAGGACAUUGCGCUGACGUCACGUCGUCGACGUCUGGUGCUGAUUAUUUCAACGGAAGGAGAUAUUAAAUGGUCUUUCGGGGCCGGUUUCUUCCAGUCUCCGUCCGGUGUUUGCGUGGAUAAGGCUGGAAAUUUCAUCGUAACAGACUCAGUUGCGAACCUCGUGUCUAUUCACGACUCCAACGGAAAGUUUAUAAAAUACAUCGGCAACAGUAAAAUCAAAGAGCAGCUAUUCGAUUCUCCGCGGUACGUGUGCGUUUCUAUCAAAGGCGAUAUUUACGUUUCGGACUCCGGUAAUCAUUGCGUGAAAAUAUUUGACAAAAACGGGACAUACACAAGAUCAAUCGGAAAGUUCGGUAAAAGAGACGGAGAGUUGAAGAGCCCGUAUGGCGUCUGCUCGGACCCGCUGGGUCACGUGAUAGUGGCGGACCACUACAACAGCCGCGUGUCGAUGUUCACGCCAGAUGGCGUGUUUAUGUGUCAUGUGGUUGACGGCAGUCUCGGGGUGGUGCACCCUAAGGGACUGGCGCUCAGUCCGGACAUGAACCUUUACGUGUCCUCUGGCCAUCUGAAAGCGUGCGAGAUUAAGGUGUUCAAACUUAGACAUCACAGCCCUACAACAGUGACGUGUGUAUAGUUUAUAACGACUGGCUGUGCGAAUAGACGUAUAAUAAUUUAACUUGUAUGAUCUUUUUUUUGCCAAAUCAUAAUGUUCACCCCUCUAAAUAAGGGAGCAAGCAGUCAUCAUGUUGUCAAAUAUAGAUAGGCCUGUUUAAAUUUUGUUUCAUCAGAUAUCGAAUAAAGCAAAUACAGUGAUGACAGUCGUCCGCGCCAUUGAUAAAUAUGGAAACUCGGUCUUCUGGUACGAAUUUUUGACCUUGUAUAGCGUAGAUAAUUUUUGAUUAGCGAUCAAUAGACUGGUUUCCGUGACGUAAAUUAAUCAAGUAUCAAAGCUACGGUAGCCUAAUUGUUCGAUCUUAAAGGGGCCUUUUCACGGAUUUGGCAUGUAUUGAAGUUUGUCAUUAAAUGCUUUAUAUUGAUAAAUGUAAACAUUGGAUCUAAAGAAAACCAGAAUAUAAUUAAAGAAAGAAAAAAGUAACCCUCAACUGGGCUCGAACCACUGACCCCUAGAGUAAAAGACUAUCGCUUUGACCACUCGACCAUUCGUGCGCAUACAUUGAUUGAUUUAUGUUAUACUUUAUAUAAGCAAUCCUCGUUAUGUCCCAAAAUAUAAAGCUAACAAGAGAUCUUUCAAAAUUAUUCAAUUGUUUCGCGUUGCAACGCUUUAUAAUUUUCAGGUUUUUAAAUCGUCAAAAGAUGCAUAUAAAGGAUAUUUUAGAACAUGAAUAAUUUUCAGUACUACUGUUACCUCACAAAAAUCAUAACUACAACGAAAAUUUGCGAAUUUGAAAAAUUAUUUUUUAAUUUUGUCAAUUUACCAAAACGUGAAAAUGCCCCUUUAAGUCGGUCCUGUCUUCACACAUAGUUUUCGGGUUGUUGUGCGCUACAAAGCAGUCGUCAGUUAACCCAUUUAUGCCAAGCGUCUAGAAAAAAGGCCUUGGCAAACAGCGUAGACCCUGAUGAGACGCCGCAUGAUGCGGCGUCUCAUCGGGUCUGCGCUGUUUGCUUACAGGAAUUUCUGUAAGAAAUAUUCUAAAUAUAGAAAUAAAUAUACUAGACACCUCUAAUUUUGGAAAUAAGUUGAUCCAGUUUAGAAGGAUGGGAGAGUCCACUUGGCUAAAAUGGGUUAAAUUUGUCGUACGAUGAUCCUUGAUCGCCUCACAGAAUAUAUUCUAGUAAUUGGAUAUAACGUGUUUCGGUAGAAGAUUAUUGCUACUAUUGCAUAAUAAAAGAAAUUAAAGGAAAAGUAUUUGGACUGUUUAUAUUUCUAUUCACAAGGACUCUUGAUCAGUACAACUGACCAAGGUCAUGUCAUUUGAUACAAAUGCAAGUUAAAUUAAAAAUAAAACUCUUGACUGAUUGUGUAAUCGCUCCACGAGAUAAUCGGAAACACAUAUUUAUGUAUUCGAAUGAUGUUGCUUAUGGGCUUUUGGUUGUGUUGUAGCAUAAAUAUGGACGUUUCAACGGUUAUAUAAUAAAAUGUUGAUAACGAAUU